AUGACUUCAGAAGCAGAGCCGCUCUACAUCCGGGCUCUCGAGCAACUCAUGACCCCCACUGACCGGAGUCUCAUGUGCCAGGACGCAGAUCCCCAAGCAGUGGCGCAGUUCCUGUUGGGCACCUACUUCUCGACACAUAUCACGACAUGGUCACCUGGGGAUGCCCGCCUUGAAGACCGCUAUGACCCUCAGGAGCCAGUAGCCAUCCGCUUGAUCAGCUCGUUGCUAAUGUCCAGCGUUCCCUACAAUUUGGUCAAGAUGACUGCCAUUUCACCCAACAAAAGUGUCAAUAUUUCUAUCCUCUGCAACCAUUCCAUCAUUCUUCAUUCAGACUUGGUCUUAAUUAUUCCGCCUUGGAAGACAAAGACUCCGAUAUCUACCAUUAACACAGAGCGCUUCUAUCAUAAGCUACUCAAAAUGCGCCCUCGUAACGCACGUCUACAUGCCGCGAGCUUUAGAUGCCCUAUACUAUCACCAGAGGACGACAUCAUAGCCUGCUCUGUUAGUGAUUAUGGGGAUAUCUGCAUCAUCCACGAAAGCGGGGAGGUGGCCAUUCUUGACCACGUGGAGUUUCUGCCUGGAAGGCCUUACACUUACUUCUUCACAAGCCCCUUUAGCAUGCUAUCGCACUGCGGAGAAUCAAAAGCGCAGGCGGCUCCUUACGUUGUUGCAUACGAUUGCUGCUUUCCUCCUGACUCCGAUAACUAUCUGCAGUGUGACUCUACUCUAAUCGUGGUUCGGGCGGUUGGCAGUCACACAGAGCUUAGCUUAGAGAGGUGUAUCUAUUCCUGCUCUCCUUGCACCAUUGACGAUUUGGCAUUGCGAGGCGGUGUGAGGAGGACCUGGACUCUCCGUCAGAUGCCAACGAUCACCUUCCGAGUGACUUUUGAUUCCACAGUGCCUCUUUCUCUUAGCUGCUCCAUCUCCCCAUUUGGAGCCUUUGCUGUCUUGGUGUAUAGCGGGCUACAUUUCAGCAUUCCUGUGCUACAUGUCAACAAUUCAGUAAGGCGUGUCAGACAGCUGGCCUGGAGCUGGUCCCCAGCCAACCAUUUUAUGGGUGCGCGCCAGCGACAGGACACUCGUGCCUCACAUGGGUGUCGAGGCUGCUCCUCAGCUGGUCUAGAAAUGGACUCUAAGGGUGAACCUUUGCCAAGUCUGUCCAUUGUUCCGAACACGAAUCUGGGCACAGUAAUGGAGAAGAAGGCUUCUAAUGAACCAGUCCCCAUGCCGUGUCGGUGUAAUUGCCUGCAACUCAUGCCAUCGUUUGAUGCACACUUUAGCAAUUUGUUAAGCAGCUACGUACAAUGGUUAGAAACAGAUAACGGGUCAUAUGUGAUGACCCACAAUUUGCACGCAAUUAUGCAGGCCUAUAUGCCUCACCUACUUCGCUCCUGUUCGUUGGAGCCUGUCCGCAUCAGCUGGAGUCUUGACGGAGCCAUUUACUGCAUGAGAUACGCCGGAGUCUUCAUCUUCGGUGCCAUCUAUGGGGUUUUAUUUCGUGUCGACCUGAAGGAUAUCACUUCCGCAGCUGUCGCCAGCGGACCCAUGAUAUCUUUUGCAACAUCAUCUAGCUCUCUCGCUGGCAAAGAUAUUAGCUUUGAGUUCCUUGGUGGACGCUUCCUGGCAUUCAGAUUUGCACACAAGCUAACCAUCUUCCAGAUAGUUCUUCCAUUCAACAAGCUUACGAUUGAAUACCCAGAGCGAUGGGCGCUGUCCACUCACACCAUUUCUGCUUGCCAGCUGGUACGUGAGACUCCUCCUGUAUCGGCACAUAUCAAUCUAGAUAGAAGUAACAAUUAUAUGGCCAAUCCAAAGUUUACUCCACAAAUCAAUACAAUAUCUUUUCUCUCUUAUACUCUUGAAAGCUAUAGAUUGCUUAAGCAGCUCCUGCUUUCUUCCUCUCCUCUUGAGGCAAAGGAGCUCCAGGAAGGGCUCAGUGAUGAGCUCAACCCCAACCAAUCCUCUGACAGCGUGCGUGAGCUAGGCGUUGCAACAGAGGUGCUACUAUUCUUCCAGGCCUUGGGAGCGCAGGUUGGUAUGACUGUAAAGACGAUGUUUGACCUGAUUGCCACCUCGGCUGACUACCAAGAGACAACAAACUAUGAUUGUCACUUGGCUAAGAUAGCUUCUGGUGCCUACUCAGCGAUUGGAAGCCAUGCGUGUGAAGCUGUGCUUGUUCCGCUGAAUAUACUUCGGCGCCGAUAUACGAAAGAGCUUUCGUCCAUAUCCUUAGUGGCUGCUGAGCAGACAUAUAUGAUCAUUGCCGAAUCAAUUGCUUCAUCCUUUGACAACAACAUCCUUUCCUUUUUCUAUAAGCAGCUAGGCAGCUACCCAGUUCUAUUUUCCUCUCGGGCCUCUGGUUCUCUUACCACUUCUAGUGAGAGCAGUGACAUCUUUACGGGGGACUCUGACGGCGCAGAGAGCACAUCCAAGCCCACCAUCUCCACUGAGGAUGCGUUUAAAUACACCAAGACGUUGUGUUUUAUGACCACAUCAUUACUAAAGCUUACAGCGCUAUUCGCCCGUACUAGCUAUGCCCUCAUCGCUGCUCGUACUCACCUUCUUGCACCAAGCCAGCCCCACCAACUUCCAUACAAGAGUAUUGGAUCUGUGGGCUAUACAAUUCCCGCGUCCACAUGCUUGUUUCUAGCUUGUGGGUAUUGCUGUUUAACAUAUGAUAAUUGUGUAUACCAAGCACUUUGCUUUGAAGCCAAGGACCCUGCUCACAGAGAACUUGUACAAAAAGCGGCGUUCUUUCUAUUGUGUAUUCAUGCAUUGGCAAAACAACUCCAGUUCUACUUUCUUGACAGUGCUGCUGUGCAGAUGCUCUCCAUACUGGUACCUCAGAAUUAUACAAGCUCCUCUGGGUCUUUUAAUAAGCCAAAAAACGUGGCAGUUCCGCUUCUACCACUCUAUAUUAUCAAUGCAUACUUUCCAUCCUUGGAACCCUUUUCUGUGUUGCAGAGUUCCAGCCUAACUUUAGAGAAGCGCUUUGUGGGUGCGUCUGAAGGAGGACAAUCGCGCUUUGUUCCAGAGUCUAUUAUUUACUCAUAUGGCUACCUGUUCACAGGUACAUCUAUCUGCAAACUUGAUGCCCCCAAUGGCCCUUGCAACCGUUUCUACCUUCAAUCAGUGCUCAACGUAAUCAGGGAUUACAACCCCUUUUGGCCCCAAGAUAUUGGUUGCCGCAUGACAACUCAUAAAUCUCUAGCAGUUGCACAGGAGUCUUCUACUCCUACCCAUGCGCAAGUCUUGUAUGCAGCAUACGUAGCUGGGAGAACGGGCCGCUUUCUUGCAGUUGUUGCAUAUCUCCUGAGGCUUUCUGGAGACUCUGAUUACUGCGGACCGAGCCCAAGCUUUUCCGAUACCGCUAUACAGACAGCCUCAUCUACGGCGCACCUCACAGAGGUACAGUGCAGCGUGCUCGCCAAGGUGCUGGCUAUUUGCGAUAUAGCGAAGGACAGAUCGCCACUGGCGCAUGCCGACGUUGACUUUCUUUUAACUCUGCGUGCAAGGGCAGAUACCACCCUCCUAGAUUCACUCAUUUUCUUCUUGCUCUAUGUGACAGCAUACAAUGUACUACCUGAUUUCAAUUAUCUCCUAACGUUUCAAAGACAUGUUUAUACAGAGCCUCGAUGCCACUGUGGACCACCGCCUGCUGCACCUCUGAGUUCGUUCGGCAUUGCAGGCCGAGUACGCUAUUCAUUUACAUUUCCUGAUACGACUUAUGUUGACAAUCUGCCCCCUACUAUCCAGCCAUUGUUUACACCACUUUGUGUGGCGCUUCUCCUCCUAGCAAUAGGUAGACUAGAAGAUGGGAUUUUCCUCUUAGCCAGAGAGGGAUACUAUUCAGUGGCUAUUCACUUGCUUCGUUGUUUCCUUACCUCCUUCUCUGCCAUAUCUAGUAAAGCACUUGAAACUGUCACUUGCUCGAAGAGUGCAUCGCUUAUAGAUCAGUCUCCAGUGGACGAGAAUGAAAAGCGCAGAAUUAUGAAUAUUUACGUCUGCAAGAUGUCCAAUCUUGAGAGACUCUGUAGUGAGUUGGAGACCAAUCAAAAUGCUUUGAGUAGAAUGUGUGGUCCCCAGCGCGACUCCAUCAAGGAGAUAAGCUACUAUAUAAUGCCUGACCAGGCAUCUGAGGUCUUACAGCCAAAGCCCUCUGGGUCUACUUCCCAGGCGAAGCAUCAACAACCAAGGCAAGACGUCACAAGGAGCCACGAUGUUCCAUUUGAGGCAAAGAUUCCCCUCAUAAGCAAAGAACGUGUCCUUGACAUGGACGAUUUUCAUAUUAAUAGAAGUCCUGAGAUUGGUGAGGUUUUGAGCACAUCUGCAGUGAAGAUAGAUGACGUAGCUAUUGAGAAGCAUAUAGCAUCAGAGUUAGAUAUCACUGCUCCAACGUCUAAGAACCAGCGCAGCCCUAUUUCAAUCAAUCCCCUGCAACAUGCCAAAUCACUACCACCGCCACCGCCACUGCCACCAUCCUCUAUUCCUCUGAGCCAGCAUCCGUCACAGCCUCCACCCUUACCCCCACCGCCACGAUCUGCAGGACCUCCAGCGCCAGCUCCUACCUCGGUGCCAGCACCAGCACCACCUUUUCCAUUCUAUCCACAGCCUCCUUCUGUAAAGAUUCCUCCGCCAAUGCAUUAUGGCUACAACAGGGCCAAUAAUCUGCCUCCAAACCCAGGGUAUUCCCUUACUUCUAAUGUUAGCAGGCCUGUUGUGUAUAGUUUUCGACCUCAGCUUUCACGUCCAGUAUCGAGUCGCUCGGCGCAGCGCCCACUUUCAGUUUUAACUACCUCUCAAAUCCGUCCGCAAUCUGCAUAUCUCCCCACAGCUCCAGGACCAAAUGCCAUAACCCUACCUGUUCAUAUGCCUUUCGCAGGUGUACCAGGACACUCUGCCGGUUCUUUAGCUAUUCAUCAACCCCGCAUUCUAGAACCUCAGCAUGUUGUUUCGCAGCUUCAACCGUAUGGAGGAAACCUUAAUCUUCCAAACUACCCUGCCAUUCAAGUCAUAUCGACUCCCCAGGUACCACCAGCUUUUCAACAACAACCCUAUGCACAGGCCAAGCCUCAGGACAUGGAAAAACUAGAACAGCCAUCGUCACAAGCAUCAAGUUCUAAACCAGCACCUCAAAAGCAAACGAGAAUGCAGCCUCAGGUACAGAGCAUCGAGAUCUCGUCCAUGGCGAAUGGCUCCACGUUAAGCAUAAAUGACCCGUAUCCUCCUCGGCAACCUGUUAACCACCAAAUGUGUUCAAAUAUAGGGCUAGAAGACAACACGCCGCCCAUCUUUAGCUCAGGUAUCUCUACUUCCGGGAUAGAUCUGGGGACUCAAGACUAUAGAAACAUGGCACAGUACCUCCAUGCAGCAGCUCCUAAGCGUCCAGAAGUACCAGCGAAGCACAGGCCCCAUAGCAACAUACGCUGGAUGGACAUUUCAAGGAACAUCGAGGAGAUUGAUCAGCUAACUGCGGCAGCGCAAGGGACAAUGAAUUACCUCCAGGCAUUGACAAAAGAAGUCGAGGGAAACGAGCAGAGACUAUUGCGUGCAAAGUACUGA